CUGAACUGUGUCGGCUUGAGGAGAGGUUGGUUCCAGCUCUAGAUCUCCAGUCAGUAGCUGUCUUCCCCCCCAGCCAGUCAGUAGCUGUCUCCCCCUCUCUUCCCCCCAGCCAGUCAGCCUGAAGUUGGACAUCAUUCCACCACCCCACAUCCACAACAUGAGCGGAAAACGGAAACUGAGUUUCAAGUGGUUUGGGAGUCUCUCCAACCUAUCCUUUCGGCGUGGAUCAUCGUCAGACAAAUCUCCCUCCAAGUCUGACGGGGGCAGAGCUCUGGAUGUGGUAUCCUCCCCCGACGCCGCUGAGACGUCUGUUGACGACAUGGAUAUGACUCGUCCGCGCACCUCCAGCUACGCCCGCUCCAGCGACAACUACACCCAUAUGGGCACCUUGCCCCGCCUCCUCCUCAGGAAGAGAGACAAGAGUGGGAAUUCUGUGAAAGGAGGAACCAAGAAGGGGGCGGGGCUGGGCAGGAGUCAGAGCCAGCGGCCGGGAGGGGACCAUGUCUGUAGCUCUCCCCUUCUCACAGCUCUAUCUAGCAAGCCUGGCUCCAGACAGGACGAGCCUGGGGCCAGACAGGACGAGCCUGGCGCCAGACAGGUCGAGCAUCGCUCACCUCUAUCCAGCCAGGCUGGUCCUGGUCCAAAGACCCAACAGGCCCAGGGGCUGCCUCCCAUCCCCAGAGGGGGAUCACUCAGUAGAAGUAAACACAAAGACCCACACGCUCACUGUGAGGAAGGAAAACCACAGACAAGUCAGCUAAUGUCAGCUCAGGCUGUGGGGUCUGCUUCCUCCUCUACCGCCUCGUCACUUGUCUGUGAUGACGUCCCUGAAGGAAACACAGUCACCACUGAUCAGGGUGUUCCAUCUCCAGAUACAGGAUCAACUGGUGGGGCCAGAAGGAAUCUUCCUUCUGUUCCUGGUCAGUCAGUUUCCAUGUCCUCACAGAGCCAGGUGAACAUUCAGACAGAAGAGCCAUCUCCAACCCCUAAGGUUCCUAAGAAAUCCCUGCCUGGGACCCAGGUCACCCAGCAUUGUGAGGAGGGCUUCCCCAGGGAGAGAGCUGAUAACCUAGGGACAGACAGUAACUCCAGCUCCCUGCCUGAGAUGGCCUCCUGUGGUUCUAGUGGAAGAGACCUUCAGAGGGAAACUCAUCCUGGUGAACCUGUGAACAGAUAGAAGCUUCUAUGAGAGGGAGGGAAAGCAUGACUAAUUUGAGUUGCCUCAGCCCAUUCUUCAAGGAGUCCAAAUGUCAGAAGUAAGUUCCCCUGGCCUUUAAAAGAAAAUAGUGUGCCUGACUUUUCCGAGGACAUUCAGCAGAGAUGUCUUGGGUCUGGGUAUUUCACUGCUAGUAUGAAGAAGAGUCACAGUGAGUGGCAGUAUCGAGGAACCUGUGGGCAUAUGUCAUAGUGAACAUGAGUUCCUUGGAGUAUAACACUUUUCUCUGAAGAGCUACAUUUUCCAAUGUGGAACAACAUAUUCAACUUCUUUACAGGUAUCAAAUCAAAUAAAACGCUAUUAAAAAUAUCACAUUUCUUACACGCUUGUAGAGUCAUACCCAAUAAGACUCAAGGCUGUAAUUGCUGCCAAAGUUGCUUUAACAAAGUACUGAGUAAAGGGUCUGAAAACUUAUGUAAAUGUGAUGUUUUCGAUUUUAUUUUUUAUUUUUUAUAUUUCUGUUUUUUUCUUUCUUCUAAAACCAGUUUUUGCUUUGUCAUUAUGAGGUACUGUGUGUUGAUUGAAGAGGGGAAAAAAACUAUUGAAUCAAUUUUUGAAAAAGGCUACAACUUAUCAAAAUGUGGAAAAAGUCAAGGGGUCUGAAUACUUUCUGAAUGCACUGUACCUACUUAUUAACUAAAUUAACAAGAGGUUUUCUGAAUGCACUGU